AACUUUCUCCCCAUUAUAUAAGAGUUCAUGUGUCACUAUAUGAUAAUAUCAUUUAUUUUCUUUUUUACAAAAACUUAUAACUUGCAACCCUCACAUUCUACCAACAGAGGAAGUCUUGAAUUUCUGGAGCUGGGAAAUGGAAACAAGCAAUGAAACUGCUCCCAACGACAUAGAAAACCAGUACACCCCAUUAGCAAAUUCGAUGAGAAAAGAGUUCACCACCCUGUCUCCCAUGUCCUCUUCAUGUUGUAUCUACAGAGUUCCUGAGCGUAUACGGUGUGUGAAUGAAAAGCUAUACACGCCUCAGGCUGUCUCGAUAGCCCCGCUUCACCAUGGCAGGAAAGGCUUAAACCCCAUACUGGACGAGCACAAACAGAGAUACCUGAAAGAUUUUAUGGAUCGGACCAAAGUAAGCCUGGAGGACCAUAUAAAGACAAUAAAGGACCAAGAAGAGAGGUUGAGAUGUUGUUAUGCAGAACCUAUUAAGUAUAGUAGCGAUGAAUUUGUAAGAAUCAUUCUAGUGGAUGCCGCAUUCACCAUCGAGGUCCUAUUGAAGGACAGAUACCAUGAAUUCGUCGACGAAAAUGAUCGCAUAUUUAACAAGCCAAGGAUGUUACAGGACAUAUGGAAAGAUAUGUGGUUGAUUGAAAAUCAGCUGCCAUUGUUCAUUCUUGAGGAUCUUUUUGAAGCAUGCAAAACUUCACUCCCUUCUAGUUCUCACAACAUUACUUCAAUAAUUAGUCUUUCUUUCGAGUUCUUCAAACAUCUACUGCCGGUGAAGAAAUUAGAUGACAACAUGGAGACUUAUAAAUCAGUGGCACAUUUUGUUGAUCUUUUCAAAAGAGUUUUUGAAAUCCUUCUUCCGUCGGAACGAAAAGCCGGAGGGAAACUCAAAUCUCUUAACAUACCCAGCUUGACGGAGCUACACCAGGUCGGAGUCAGGUUUAAGGCGAGGCCAGCAGAAAAUAUAUUUGGCAUAGAAUUCAGUACUUCCAAUGGGACUCUGACAAUCCCAAGAAUUGCAUUAGGGCUUGAAACUGAAAUAAUCAGAAACGUCCUUGCCUUUGAACAAUGCCAUUUCUCCAACAAUGCUAAUGAUACUUUAUACAUGAGUUCUUACGCAUUCUUCAUGGGAGGUUUGGUGAAAACCACAAAGGAUGUAGAGUUGCUUGUUGAGUACCAAAUCGCAAAAGUUGCGAAGUGGCUAGUAAGUGACACAAGUGAGGGGUCUGCUCCAUUAAACUCCAUUUCCACUGGGGUUAAUCCAAACGCUUAUAACUUCUAUUAUGAUACUAUUUGUGAGGACCUGAACAAGUACUGCAGCAAGCCGUGGCACAAAUGGAAGGCAAAUUUGAAACAAAAUUAUUUCAACACACCUUGGGCCUCUAUUUCUGUCAUUGCAGCUGUUGUUCUCCUCAUACUUACUCUCGUACAGACUGUGUUCUCCAUAAUCUCUGUUACGUAACCUUCAAAGCGAACUUGUGGGUUUUCCAAAAUCAGAGAGGAUAUAUGGGAGCAAGCUUGGGGUACUCCUUCAAAUUUAAGACCUCGGCAUAGAACGGAUCCUAGAAAAGCCUGUGAGCGCAUGCAUUUAAAAAUUAAAAUUUUAAGUUGUGUAUCUGUACAGAAACAGAAGGACGUGAUGAAGGUUGUUAGAAGAGCUUUUCAAAGUCUGAAUUAUCAAAUUGUUGAUAUGUAAUUAAUGUAUCAAAUAUUUGUUC